UUUUCUAUCUAACCAGUGCUGACACGCAAUGGAAUGGAGUACUACUCGGGACGAAUUGGUACUCCGCUAAGAUUCUUUGCCUCCUGUUAACGAAGAUGUUACUUGUUUGACUUCAAACCGAGCCAUGCACAUCUCCGACAGCCAUACACGUACACAAUGGGGAUGGAAAACACAUGAAUUGAUGUUGGAAAAUGUCGUGCACUGUAGAAUUAUAAUGAAAGACUCAAGCUCAGGAAUGUCUCGUGCAAUCACUUUAUUAGUAUCCUUCCUUUAGCGAGCUGCAAACUGCUAUUCAGAAGCCCAGUGCCUUCAUUAUCAUUUCGAUUAAGGAAGGAAUAAGGUAUUGCUGCAGCAACGGAGUUGAUAAUAGAGACAAUGAAUUUCUUGCGGAGGCGUUUCAGUUCUGGCGAUCUCCAGGGUGAACUGAAGGAUCGAGAUGAAAAUACAAAUGUUCUAAAUUUCAAGAAGGGUCCCUCACCUAGUGCACCAAGCUCUCCUUCACGGUCUACUAGUGCCACAGGAAUUCCUCACCCUGGUGUCAAUAAACCACCCUAUAACAGAGAUCGAUGCAAGAUUCUCUUGGUUGUGGAUGAUCGUCACACAGACUGGUCCAAAUAUUUUGUCGGAAAGAAAAUCUUUGGCGACUGGGACAUAAGGGUGGAGCAGGCAGAAUUCAGUGAAAUAAACUUAGCAUCCUACUCCGACACUGGAACAAUGGUAGACAUCAAAGUAAUCAGGAAUGGGACAAAAGUCGUAAGGUCUUUUAAACCAGACUUCCUUCUCGUCAGACAGAGUGUACGGGAUGCUUGUGAAAAUUGGAAAAACAUUCUUCUGGGAUUUCAGUACGGUGGAAUUCCAAGUAUCAAUUCGUUACAUUCUAUUUACAACUUUCAGGACAGACCAUGGGUGUUUGCUCAGAUGAUACGUAUACAGAAGAAGCUCGGAAACGAGAACUUUCCAUUGAUAGAGCAGGCUUACUACCCAAACCAUCGUGAAAUGCUUAUUACACCCAAAUUUCCAGCAGUUGUGAAAAUUGGACAUGCACACUCGGGUGUCGGAAAAGUCCGGGUUGCAAACCACUAUGAUUUUCAAGACAUUGCUGGGGUGGUGGGAGUGAGUCACCGCUACUCUACCACGGAGUGCUACAUCGACACUUUGUACGACAUUCAUAUCCAAAAGAUUGGCAAUAACUACAAAGCCUAUAUGAGAAAGUCUAUAUCAGGAAAUUGGAAAGCGAACACUGGUUCUGCUAUGCUUGAACAAAUAGCAAUGAAUGAAAGAUUUAAAUCAUGGGUAGACGAGUGUAGCUUAAUGUUUGGAGGACUUGACAUGUUGGCAUUGGAGGCAGUACAAGGGAAGGAUGGAAAAGAAUAUAUCAUUGGUCUGAACGACUCGUCAAUGACUUUACUAGGAGAGAGUCAGGAAGAAGACAGAAAACAUAUAGUGGAUUUAGUACUAGCAAAAAUGCAGCAUUGUUUAAAACCCACGCCCUCUCUGAGAGCUGUAAGUCGAGCUAUCAGUACCAGUGGUAUUAUGCACAAUUAUAUGAAUGGGAGUAGAGAAACCACAUCAACUACGCAGAAUCAUCCACCUCCACGCCCGACACCGCCACAGACUUCCCAACACAGACAAAAUGGCCCAGCAGUACAGAAUCAUCAACCACAGUUUUCAAUAGGUGGAGCCUCUGGCAUGGGAACUUCUACCGAUGAAGAGGACACGAUGAAAAACUUAAGAAAAACAUUUGCAGGAAUAUUUGGUGAUAUGUAGUUCAAAUCUAGCAGUAGUAUCUUAGUCAAGCAAGAUUGACUUUACGUAUAUCUUAGCGCAUACCCAUCAAAUGGUUCAGUUAUCAACAACGCAAUGAUGUAAAAGUCUGUUCGUGCUUCUAGAGCUACGAGACAAUACGAGACAAUAUUUACCACUGUACUACCUUAAUGUCUAGAAUGUAAGAAAUCGAUUUUUCCUUCUGUCAUUUAUUAUCGGAAUAAAGUCAUCUUUUAUUCUUAUUUUUAGCUCAUGUGAGCUUUUCUGAUCGAAAUUUGUCCGUUGUCCGUCAAUGUUGGCGUUGUCGUCGGCGGCGUGGUCAUAAACUUUUCACAUUUUCAUCUUCUCCAGAACCACUGGGCCAAUUUCAAACAAACUUGGUACAUGGCAUCCUUUGGUGAAGGGGAUUCAAUUUCGUUCAAAUGAAGGGUCAUGCCUCCUUCAAAGGGAAGAUAAUCUCGAAAAUGCAAAAAUAGGGUGGGGUCAUUUAAAGAUCUUCUCAAGAACCACUGGGCCAGAAGAGAUGAAAUUUAAAUAAAAGCUUCUUGACAGUGCAGAUUCAAGUUUGUUAAAACCAAGGCGUAGAAUGGUGCCACAAUAGGGGAUCAAAGUUUUACAUACAAAUAUAGAGGGAAGAUCUUUGAAAAUCUUCUCAAGAACCACUGCCAGAAAAGUUUAUAUUUACAUGAAAGGUUCCUGAUAUAAUGCAGAUUCAAGUUUGUUAAAACCAUGGCCCCAAGGGGUAGAGUGGGGUCACCAAAGGGGGUCAAAUUUUUAUAUACAGAUAUACAGGGGAAAUAUUUUAAAAAAUUUUAUCUCAAGAAUCAUUGGGCCAGAGAAGUUUACAUUUACAUAAAAGCUUCCUGACAUAGUGCAGAUUCAAGUUUGUUAACAUCACCCCCCCCCCCGGGUAAGGUAGGGUUACAAUAGGGGGAUCAAAGUUUUACAUACAAAUAUGUUGUGAAAAUCUUUAAAAAUCUUCUCAAGAACCACUAGGCCAGAAAAGUUUACCUUUACAUGAAAGCUUUCUGACAUAGUACAGAUUCAAGUUUGUAAAAAUCAUGCCCCCCGGGGGUAGGUUGGGGCCACAAUAAGGGUCAAAGUUUUACAUGCGAAUAUGUAAGGAAAAAUCUUUAAAUAUGAGCCAAGGUGACUCAGGUGAGCGAUGUAGCCCAUGGGCCUCUUGUUUUAAAAGUUGUUUGGAAAAUUUAAUAAACUUUUUUGUAGAGGUUUAUUGAAGGAUUAUGUAUGAUAAUUCUCUAUUUGUCCACCAAAAUGCGCAUUUGUGAUUUUGUAAUUUGUUCAACCGGAAGAACCAGUAUCAUGGCAUCAUGGACAUGACGUUUUUGGUGCUAUGUUCGGUAUUUUGAGAGAUAAAGGCUAUUCCAUGCACUUUGUAUACGCCCGUCUUUAGAUCAUUAUGGUACAGUGAUAUAUGUACGUCCGCCCGUCCGUUAGAAAUUUUCUAUUUCUAAUUUCAAUUUCUCUGUCACAUAUCAAGCUCAAAUUUGCUAUUUAGGUUCUUAGUGGAUCACUCUAGAUCAUGAUGCAAUUUUGAUCCAUUUCGACCUCUCUUGCAAGAGUUUUGCCUCUAUUUGAAAAUUAUUAUUAUGUGGACGGUACAUAAUUUGUCCGGCGAGCUCCUCCCACAAUUUUCAAGUGGGGACCAUCUUGUUUUACAGAGUGUUUGUAUGAGUAUUGAAGAUGUGCAUGGGACAAGGAUUUCGAUAUUCUUUAAAUUUUGAGAAAAUCACAGGUUGUUGAACUUAGUUCGUUUUGAGGAAAUAUUACAUAGAGAGUACAUGAUUUGUCAUGUGAACAUCUUCCACAGUUUUCAAGUGAGAACCUUCUUAUUUUACGAUGUGUUUAUAUUUAUUGAUUAUGAUUUAUUUAUAUUGAAUGUGUGCAUGUUGCAAGAAUUUUGAUUUCUUCAAUUGUCGAGAAAAUUACAGUGUGUUGAACUUUUUGAGGAAAUAUUAUAUUAGAUAAAGGACAUAGUUUAUCCUUUUAAAUCCUCGCACAGUUUAGAAACUAUAUUGUCUUUGUAAAUAACUUGAAGAUGUGCAUAGUGCAAGGAUUUUGAUUCUCACAAUUGUUUUUAUUUUCUUUGGUGUUUCAAAUAUUUAGAGGUUGUUGAACUUGGGUCAAAUUUGGGGAAAUGUUUUACUCACAGAACUCUUGGUUUGUCUAUCUACUUCUUGUCACAGUUUUUAAACUAGGACCUUUUAUUCAUACAAUGCAAAGCCUGAUGAUGGCUGGUACUACCUGAAGCAAAGUUCUACAAAUUAUCGCUUAAUAAGAAAAACACCUUAUAUAUACAUUUUAACUAGUGUAUUACGUACCAUUUGCGGUACUCUUGUUUUAAUACGAAGCAGGUGCCUGGACAACUUUAUAUAUCUACAUCAUACAUUUAUCUCUCAAGCACAUACAUGACAAGAAAAUGUUUUGGUGUUUAAAGCUGCGUUCCAUGUUUUCUGAAGAAAAAUGUUCAUAGAAAUGAGCUAUUCAAUUUGAUUAGAAUAGAUAAAUUGCGCAUAGAUCACGGUAAAUAUCAGAAACAAAUGAUCUGAAACUGAAUAUUUGGCAUACUCUUUUAUAGGAUAUAAAAAAGAUUUUAAAGCUUUAAUUUUUUUUUUUAGAUUUUAAAAAGAGUGUUAUCAAACAUAGUCCUUUUCCAGAUAUCUUUUAUACUUUAUGAUAUAUAAUAAUUGUAUAAAUCAAUUGUGGAUAUUAGGGACAUACAGUAGAGAAAUUACAUACAAGCAUAGGCGUUAUUGUCCUUGCCAUUUUUAUUAUUAUAAAGAUUAGCUAUGGAAAAUACAAACGUUUUCAGUAUCAACAGUUUACGAAAUCUUUGAUUUUACCCAGUGAAUAAAAUUUCUCCAUGUGCAAAGUUUAAUUAAAGACUUUGCAAAAGGCGUAGUAUGAGGACGGAGCUACCUUAAUUCAUGGGGAAAAGUGAAGGGAUUUCAAUGUCAAAUUAUUGUAGAUAUAUACUGUCUGUUAGAGAUCUAUCUAUACACAUGUAGCAAGUACUUGUAAAAUAUUGUAAUGUUGUUUCUAGGAUUAUGCAUAGGGGUUGACUGGUAUAAUACAAUAAUUAGAUUUACGCAUCAUCAAUCAUACAAAUCGAUAAACGAAACAAAUUGGAGUUUUGUCAAUGCUGGGGAAGAUUUUUAAAUGUGAUAAUGUAUCUGUUUGUAUAUUGUUUUACAUCCCAUUCGAGAAUGUUAACAUUCCACUCACGUAGAGACCUCACCAGUUGAAGUAUCACAAAUGUUGACCGUGGCGCUCAGAGUCGUAACAGGGAAAGUUCUUGAUCGUGUCAACGUCUACCAUGACACGGGGCGUACCCGAAAGAAUAGUUACUUUCAUUUCCAAUGCCGGACACUUGACGAAGGACAAGUCCACUAAGUAAGGGUUAAUGUACGAGUAUCGCUCCAUUGCUUUUAAGGAAUGGAGUGAUACGAGUACAUUGACCCACUUAAAAUCCACCUUUGCUGGAUUAAUAAAAACUAAACUUUGUGCAUUUUAAUCAUGUCUUACGUUUUUCAUUCUUUUGUUGCAUGCAUUUAUAUCUACUUGUAUAAAGGUUGACCUACUUUCCGAACACUCCAUUCCUGAAAAAUAAUGGAGUGUUCGAACAAAAGAAUGACGUCAUAGGUGGAUUUUAACUCUUCUAAACGUUUCGUGUUGACCUAGCGUCGGGAUUGGGAAUCGAAUGUAGGCCUUCCGAAGUGAGCGCUCUAACCCAUUUCUACCCAUCAGCAAAUUUUAGUGUAUUUGAAGAAAAUACUCAGUUGCUCAGCCAAAUUAAGCCCGUUCUUUGAUAUUUCGUGAUUUGUUAUCAAUCAGUUUGAAUUUCCUUUCACUGUACAAACUGCGAUGUUAUAUUUCAAAACAGUAGUCAGGGUUUUGACAAAUAGUGCACGACCCGAAGGGAAGAGCACUAUUUGUGAAAACUCUGACUACUUUGGCAUACCGUAGUAUACAAUUCAUGUAUCAUUCUAGGUCAUCGUUGUGCGGAGAGGAACAUGGCAGUGAUUUCCCCCUCAUAAAUCGUGAUAAACUAAUUAUUUUCCUUUUCUAUUGAACCUCUAUAAAUGAAUGUGAUAAUAGUACCGUAUUAUAUCAUUAUUCAAUCAAGUUAAUGACAUAUGCAAAUAUACAUGUAGUUCGCUGUCUUUGCAUGUUCGGAGAAGUUAACGCUAUCAAAACUCAGUAAGUAUCGCUGCAGGCUCUCGGAUAAAAUAAAGCCGUAUCUGUACAUCUGUAGCUCUCUGGGAAACAUUCCCCCAGAGAACCACAGAUCUGCAGCUAAUAAGGCCGACGAUAAUCGGUCACUGCUGCUAUUUAAAAAAAACCCAAAUCCGCAAGUAGGGUACCCACGGCCUUCCAUUAAAUCGAAUGUUAUAAUUUUGAUUGACCGGUGGCAAAGCAUGGUUCCCUGCACAGGUAAUAUUUUUCGACUGGGUCUAGGUAUUUAUUAGUCUUUUAUUCUGUUGGAGCAUAAUCAUUUCUGUUAGUUUUGUUUAUAACAGAAUAAAUAAGUAAUGAUAAUAUCUCCAUUGAUAUGAGUUAUUGUACAUUAAUAUUAACCAAUGCAUACAUAAAGUCCACGCAAUAAGAAAAGAAAAGUACAAUUUAUAUUUUUAUUUUUAUUUUCCGUUCCACGUUUUAGCAACACCCUCAAUAUAGUGCCUAGCGUAGUUUGGGAUAAGCUCUCUUUGUUUUAAAUUCUAGCUUUUGAAUAUAGGAUUACGUACAUUGGUUGGAAAACGUUUUCUUGGACAUAUGUUAUUUCAAACAAAACGAGGAUUUGAAGAGGCCAACACCUAUGCAACAUAUUCAUGCGCGCAGUGUAUGAUGACCUUGGGAAGUUGAAAAAGUUAAACUCUCAAAACAUGAAGUAGCCGACAACCAAAAUAUGAUUACAUUGGAAUACUAGAGAUGAAAUUAAAUCAGGAACAAAAGAUUAAAGAUAAUGAAUAAAUGAGGAUAUUUUAUCGGCAAUAUCUGUAUGUUUUCCCCAUGUAUGAAAAUCUCGUUAUACUGGGUUUUUUUCUUUCAAAAAUCAACGCCUAUUUAUUAUCAAACUGUCUCGAUAUUUAAACAUUGCGUAUGUAUUUUUAUCGUCUGAAAACGUAUGCUAAAGUAACAUGGUCAAACAGGAUUUAGAAAAAGUUACUGAUAUACUAUUUUAGUUAUGUGCCACGGGACUUGGAGAACGUGAUAUAUCAUAUACUAAUUUUGAAUUUUUAUAUCAAAUCACAAUGAACAGGUAAAUGAGUGUACUUUUAUUGAUUUUCAAACAAGCUUUUGACACUUUCUGAAGAGAAGGACUUUGUGGGGGAAAAAUUCAAUAGUGGUGUUAAAAUCGCCUUUUUUUUGUUCUCUUAGUAUAAAUGAUUUAGAAGAUUCCGUUCCAGAAAAAGAAGUUGGUUUAUCAAAAUUUAUAUUCGGCUUGUAGUGUUAUUGAUUACUAUUGAAAUUACUUGAAACUACUUAAUUCAGGUAUGUAGAUUUGAACUGGAAAAAAUGAAGCAGUUUGAAUUGUAAUUGUUUUUAUUUCCCUGGAGCAGUUGUCUUAUCAAUAGCAAUCUGAACAAUCAGGGAAAUUGUUGCGUGUAUUUGAGUAUUACGUCUCCACGCAUUCCACAAGAAAAGCAGGCAGAGACAUUAAUUUGUCUGUUGAGUUCAUAUUUGAAUAAGUCUUAAUUUUAUAUCUUUGAAAAAAAAUUCUCGAAGAUUUCAUCGAAGUUUUUCUUUAAUGAUGAUGAACCAGUGUGCAUUGAAUAUUCUUUAAAAUGUUAUGUAUGACAAGUCGUAUGAACAAUAGAAAUAUUGCGGAUUGCGAUUGCAGUUUGCGUAAAUAAUUAUUUACAAAAGUAAUGUUCUUUACUUUUAAUUGAAUUAGACGUUUCUACUACUUGUCGCGAAAUACUAAAAUGACGUCAUUUUCUUGGUAAAUAUUACAUUGUAUAUUCCUAUUCAUUGUUGUUAGUUUCAUUAUUAUUGUUAUAGCCAGUCAGGUCAAUUUGCAAAUUGUGUCUUUUAUCAAUUAUUUCUGUUAACUAGAACACCAUGUUGUUACAUAUUUGAUUAAGAAAUAUUGUAUUCUGCUGAUUUAUGCAUCACCCACUUCGUGUGUUCAGAUGAACCAUAGAACUACGUAGACUGUAUCAUUAGUGUAUAUAGAGUUUUCGUGUUCUACUAGAUAGUAAGCAAUACAAUUGCAUAAGACGA